AAGGCGUCAACCAGCGAUCGGCGCCCGGAAGCAUGAAGGCUGAGAGGGAGCGCUGAAAUUUAAACUGGUGGAUUGAUUCUGAUUUUAAUGAUCAUUGGAGCUCAUCCCGGUAUAUUUAUUGAAAUGUCAUUCCACAGCGGCAAUGUAUAAUUUGCUUUUCGCUGACGCAAAUGAUGUAGUUCCACACAUGAGGAAGUGAUUCUGGUGCCAUCACGGACAAGUUUCCGGCUUUGUCUGCCGCGUGCUGCGUCGACGCGCAGCUCACCCAGUUCCUGAUAGCGCCCCGGGGCAGAGGGUCGGUGUCCCCAGUGUUCCAGUGAGGCGUGAAUGAAAGCGAAACCUUGUAACUAAGACUGUCGCUGUUUCCUUGUCACACGCGCGUACGGUUGGAACUCGCUGGAAGCGAAUUGUCCUGCCAAAAUCAAAAAUUAACUGUUUUAAUGAAACAGUCUGCCCAUUUACUGUGGUGGCGACGCCAAACCUAAAAGAGGCCUCGCGGUAGCUACUCUGUCGCCAAAAUGAAGAGACAACGACCACUGAAGACAAUUUCUGUCUUCUUUGUGUUUUGCCUGGGCUUGGCCUCUGCGCCUUCAUCGAUUGUUGCCUCAGUUAAUGAUUCAGGCGGCAGUGAGCUAGGAGACCUGGCUGGUGCACUGCGGGGGAGGCAAUCUGGUAGAGAGGCCGUCGACGGGCCGGAAAUCAACGUAUGCUCAUCCUGGGCAGGCAUUAGCAUCAAUCUUACCCAGGACCAAACAGAGGCUCGUUUUCAAUGUGGUCCGAAGACGGUACUGGCUCCUCUACAAAAUCCUGAUGAGAAGGUUUACCUGGAAGAGGACUGCAGGUCAGCAACUCUCCUAAAAGACGCGGUGCCAGGUGCCGAGUGGGCAGCGAUUGACGAAACGAAGGGCGCCUACAAGCUUACACUUCCGCCUCACCGCAAGAAAGCGGAAACACUCUAUUAUCGAUGUAAAUCGGAGGCCUUGAUUGUGGCGGAGAUCAGCUUGAUAUGGUUCAUCAAACAAUAUCACGAGGCGAGCGAAGAAGCGAGAAAGAAAAUCUUGGAAACCCUCAGUCGGUAUUACGAUUUAGUGCGAGUGAUAACGUUGGUCAUUGCCGGAAUCAUUGAAAGAAAGGUAAAAAUUAUAAAAGCCAUAAAGGCGCUCCUCCAACUCGCCAACCAAACUGUCCAUGACCUUCUGGAAAGGGAAGAAGUGGUGCAGGCAAUCGAGGAUCUCUACAACUACAUUAAACAACACAUUCCGGAAAUAGAUAAACACCUCAAAGCAAUUGUUGAAGCAAUUAAGGGUUUGGUCGACUACGUAAAGAACCUGAUCAGCCAAAAACUAGCCGAAAGAUGGGAACUGAUAACAGAGUUAUUGAAGAACGUAGCCGACGCUACAGGAGUCACGUGUAAGGUGAAAAUCGUAGCAAAGGAAGAACCUCUGGCUGGAGAUCCCGGUAACGAAAAAACAUGCUCAGAUGCCAAGCAUCCAGUGUACAUCAAACUUGGCAAAGGGGAACGCGAGGCCGUAUUCAAGUGUGGCGACGGCCUCACUACUCUUGAGCCAUCGCAGAACACAGAUAAACCAAAAUUCUGUGAAUCGAUAGACUGCAACGAUACUGCAGAACUUGAAACAACGUUCCCAGGGGCGUACUGGGACGAGAGAAACAAAAAAGCGAAUAUAUACAGACUGGUCAUUCCUACCGUGAGCAGAAAAGACACUCGGAUGUAUUAUAAAUGUAAAGGCACUUCGGAUUCCGCCGACCCAUGCACAGUACUGAUAAACGUGAAAUCUACAGAGACUGAUGAUGAUGAGGAAGAGGACGUGCAGGAGUGCACGGUGGGCACCGAGAAGAAAGUCACACUGUCCCCCACCGAUACCGUGAAAUUCAAGUGCAAUCUCGGAACAGUUGUGCACCCUCCGUUCUCGUCGGGGUCUCCGAAAGUCUUUGACGACUCCGAUGGCUCCUGCAGUGCACAGGCUAGCCUGACGUCUCUGGUAGAUGCCUCGCUCACGGAAGACAGUUCACAUGGCAAGUACACAAUGUAUACCAUGAACCUGAACGCACGCCCAGCUGAGACGAAGAAUCUCUGUCUCCAAUGUUCCUCUGGAAAGCAGAACUGCAAAAUGCGCAUCCAUGUACCCGGCACCGAUAGCACCAGUUCAGGACCUGGGAGCUUGUCUGGGUUCCUGAGCUCUGUUGUCGGCCUUGUAGUCUGUGCGGGAUUUUUUCUCGUCUAUUGA